CCAGAAAAAAAAAAGAGUUGAUGAAAAAAUAACGUGUGUGUUUAAAUAAAAAAAUCCACUACAGAAAAGGACGCAUUGCCAUGAGCGCCCCCCGUUACGCCCCUCCACCUUGCUUCAGACAUGCUUAUCCCACUGUUACUGCCACUUUCCACAGCAGCUCUGGAGUCCUCUUUCCUGCGUGUCUUUACAGAGUGUGAUCAAAAAUACAGUGACAGCUGCUGCCAAGCGUCACCCAACAGGAAGUGAGGCCGUAAGAGCAUGACGCUGGCCCUCACACGCGUCACUCACCGGGCCUGCACCGCCGGCCUGCUGCCUCUUCUCCAAAUCUAAAAUGCCCAUGGCAGCCGCCAUGACCCGACUAAUGACACGUAGGUGAGAGGAGUUCCGAGCUGCUGCAGAGAGCGCCAAAGAAGGGCCGGGCAAGGGCGCUUGAAGCACGCGGAGGAUCUGGGGAUCCUCGGACCUGUGUCUUUGACGAUAAUACAUUUUUAAAUGUAGACACACCGUGCCGUUCACCCGCUCCUCUUGGGCAUAUUUUGGGAACAGCGAGAAGUGUGGGUCCCUGCGUACACCCUGUGAUGACCACAGUGAGGUCAUCAACACCCUUAUCACCGUGAUUCCCCCCACACCCUUACAGGGCCCGUACCUGGGCCCGCCUGGCAGUCACCGUGGGAUUCCCACAGCGGCCCACACGGGCCGUAGCGGGCAUCAGCGCCUCCCCGGCUAGGAGGCUGCGUCUCCAGGCAGGGCUGCUCAAGCGGAGCCCUGGGUGUGAGUCCCUGCCGUCCCUCACCCUGGGUCCCCUCGUCCGUGGCACACGGGGGCUCUGGGCCCCACCUCUGUUUUUAGCGAGCUUCCAGGCACUUCUGAUACGGUCGCUUGCUCCCGUAGUUGUCCACACCCGGGCCCCACGAGGAGCCAAAGCAAUGUGGAGGACAACAAGGCCGGGAUGGUCACACCCUGGGGCUCACGCCCAUGAGCUGAGAUUUGAGGUCCUGGGCAGCCAGCCCCGCACAGGAGGCCACUGCCGGUGCAUUACUGGGGGACAGCAGCACCGAGCGUCGGGAACUGCCUCACAUCCACCCUAACGUCGCCAGAGCGCUGCAGACAGCUGUGGCUCAAGACUCCAGCUGGAGUCGGGGCACUAUCCUCCUCCUGGGCCGGGGCCUUUUCCCAGCACCUGAGUUGGCACCAGGGUCAAAGUUCAUCACGCGCUUUUUAUUGCUACCGUGCCUGCCUCCAAGAAGAAUGCAGAGCAACAGCAGAAUUUGUCACCUUUAACCAUUCCACGAUAUCACUCCUCCAGGCUCUUAGAGGCAGAAUCCACAGUCCUAACGUCCCUUCCCCCGUCCUCUUAGUGAGGAAGGACUGGAUGCUUAGUUCACCAUGGGUUGUCGAGAACCCAGAUUCUAUUUUUGAGCUUCUCAAGCAGAAUAUUGUAGCCAUGCCACACAGAAUAAAUGUGGAAUUGGCCUAUGUAUCUUCCAGGCCAUGUUCCUAAGAGAAGGGUCACACACAGUUUCUUGUUCUUCCUUCAUCCUUGCUGGCUAGACUAAGAAUGAAUGGCUGGUGCUCUGGCAGCCGUUUUGGACUAUGAAGUAACCUUGAGAAGCCCAACAUGGCAAACAAAACAUUGAGCUCAACGGGGCCUAGUUCCCUGGUCCCAGAAGAGCACUACAGGUUUCCUGACUGACACAGUCUUCCAUCCUGUGCUGGUUUUAGCUGGAGUUCCCCUUAGCCAGCAGUCGUAGCUAACUCUAGUAGCUAUUCUUCUUCCGGCCAGUGUCAGGGAGAAGGAUAGCAAGCCAGGGGUGCUGCUGGGAAUGUAGGGAAACAUCCGGGCGGGGAAAAAGUAGGGGAGGGAGAGACCCACAGGGCUGUUCCCAGGAUUCCCUUUCCUCUGCCACCGUCCCAUGCAGGGAUUGGGCGUCUUUCUCACUUCUUUGUGGUGUCGUGAGGGGCACGGCCACCCUUGCUCCCGACAGUGGGCAGGGAUGGGAGCUUGGGCGUGUCACCGCGCCCUGGAGGACGCCACACGGCUCACGGCUGGCACUGUGGCCAUCUCCGCGUCACCCCUGCCCCUCUAUCCACGGUAUCACUACGGCCCUGCGUGAGCCGAAGUGUCGCUUGGGCGGAAACAUGGGACGUGUCCGCACCCUGGACCGCCCGUUCCUAAAGCCACCGGUGCCGACCUCCACCGCCAGGUCCACCUCGCUGUGCGCGGGCCGGGCCAUCACGCCCAGCCCUCGGCCAGCGCAGGGUCAGAGAGGACAAGGCUUCUCCACACCACGGCCAGACUCAGCCUCUAGGAGGAGACGCUGAAGUACCCUGGACCGGCCCUGAGUGUGAGGUCUCCACAGCGAGGAAGAUGGAACGCUGGAGAAGGACGCGACGGGGUCCCCGGGGUGGGGGGCCUGCCGCGCUCCUGCCCGGGCGGAGGCAAGGUUGUUAAGCGGCGUGUAGCCGAGUGCGAUCUACAGGUUCCACGCAGCCCCGCCAAAAUAGCAAUUCCGCUCCUCCCAGAGCUUGGAAGACAGCCCUAAACUCCCACUGAAGCGCAAAAGACCCGGAAGAGCCUGAGCAGGAAGAGCAGGGUGGGUGCCCUGAAGUCCCCGACGCCCCACAAAGCCACCUGCAGGACGGGGGCAGCGACGAGCGAAGCCAGGCUCUGCGGGGCCAGCGCUCCCCGAGGUGUGGGUCUUUUUCAUGAGACAUGAAAGGGCUUUACUAGGCUUCAGAGGCCUACAGGGCUCUUUCAACUUAAAAGCUACUCUUGAUAAUGGGCUUGCCCGAUGCAGGUUAAUUCCCGAAGCCAGAGGUGGCGGCUCGGAUGGACAGACAGCUUUGGAGGGGCCCCGGAAACCCCCGAGGAAGGAGGAAGCGAGUGCCGCUCUGUGCUGGGGCAGCAGCUAGUGCGUGCGUAGUGCGUGCAGGGCCCGGGGCACGGCGGCUCCUGCUCCCACGGCGAGGACGCCGGCCCAGCCCCGCCCCCGCCCACAGGUGUUUACAGGCGCCACCUGUGUCCUGCGUAGGCGGCAGAGCCCUGGCUCCCACAGAGUUCCUGCGUACACGGGAGAACACCUCAGAGGAGGGGAGGGAAGCUGCAGGCAGCCAGCCUCGAGGGGCUGAGACCCCGGGCGGGCGGGAGGCCCGGCUGACUUCCACGCUCUGCCCGCGGCCUUGCCUAGCAGGACAGGAGGGGCCGAGGCGGGGAUGCAGGGCGUCGGCUCACGGGGGCGUCGUCAACCACCAGGCCUUGCUGCGGGUUCAGACAGGCGUCCAGGGACGAGGAGAAUCCAGGGUGCUGCCCACGCCAGCCCGAGCCCUGGGCACAGUGCAGAGGCGUCCAUCCGGAAGGAAUCAGAAAGCCAAGAUCCUGCCCGCGCGACGCCCAGGAACUGGAGCGGGGUCCUGCCACCCGCUUUGUGUCUGAGAGCCAGAGCAAGUGACAGAGAGGUGGGAAUCUCCCCUCACCCGCAGCCAGCCUGACACCGUUGCUCUGGAGCUGGCCCAGGAGAGAGGCUGUGAAGACGGGGCAGCCACAGACACAAGGCCCAUUGACCGUGCUCGUUCAGACCCAAGCUCCACCCAGAACUUCACCUACAAGCAGGAAGAAAACAGUCAAGGACCCCCAGGGGAAAAAUACUUAACCAAACAAAUAAAGCUAAAUCUUAGAAGCAGCCUGUAUGUCCGCCAACACAUGAAUAGA